AUGCAACAAGUUGUUGAAUCGCUUAGAGCAAUUAUUAUUGAGGAUAAUGAAACAUUCCAAUCUAUUAUUCAUACAGAAAAUAUCAUAGAAUCGCCAAAUGAUACGCAAUAUAAUUUAGCAUCUUUUAGCAUGUAUA